AUGGCAAAUCACUCCAGUAUUCUCACCUGGAGAAUCCCAUGGACAGAGGAGCGUGGUGGGCCACAGUCCAUGGGAUUGCAAGAGUUGGACACAACUGAGCAACUAAACCACCAACCACCACCAUACAUAAUAGAAGAUUUACCAUUUCAGCCAUUUUCUUUCCUUCUUCUUUUUUGCCACAUCAUGUGGCAUGUGGGAUUGAACUCAGGUCCCCUGCAGUGGGAGUGCAGAGUCCUAACCACUGGCUGCCAGGGAAGCGUGAUUUUAGCCAUUUUUAAGUGUACAAUUAAGUGUACAAUCCAAGUGUACAAUUCAGUGGCAUUUAGCACAUUCACAAUAUUGUGCCACCAUCAUUAUCUAUUCCCAGAACUUUUUCACUAUCCCAAACAUAAAUUCUGCACCCGUUAA